AUGCAGAGUUACGAGUCGUUUGUGGAAUCUCAACUACCUGGAGGUAGAUAUGACUUUAUCGUAGUUGGAUCUGGAUCUGCUGGAAGUAUUGUUGCCAGUCGCCUUUCAGAAAACCGUGAUGUCGAUGUUUUACUUCUUGAAGCGGGUUCUUUGGUGAGCAAUCCAAUUGGUUAUGUGCCAGCGGCGUCCGUGAUGACCCACGAAAAUUCCAUGUGGAAUUGGAAAUUUACGUCAGAGAAAUCCGAUCGAAAUUGUCUUGGCAUGGUGAAUCAAGAAUGUUGCAUGCCCCACGGCAAAGGUCUUGGCGGGUCAUCUCUCAUUAACGUGAUGAUGUACGUGCGUGGUCAUAAAGCUGACUAUGAUGGAUGGGGUCUUGACGGAUGGAGUUGGGAUGAUGUGUUACCGUACUUCAUGAAAGCUGAACGAAACUCUUUGGAUCCCACAAGAGGUGAAUUCGAUCCGAAUGUUCAUGGCACCGAGGGAAAAAUUAAUACAGCUUAUGCGGAUUAUCGCACAGCACUUAUGGAAGAUAUUUAUGAGGCAGCAAAAUGUCAAGGAUAUGCGUGGGACUUUGAUUAUAAUAACGGAAGUGAGUUGGGAGUGCAUUUUUUGCAGCUUAAAACACGAAAUGGGUAUCGCGAAGAAACAGGAACGAGAUAUAUUCGAAGUGUUUUACCACGAUCGAACUUAAACGUGAAUACCGACUCGCAUGUAACGAAGAUUUUGUUUGAUGGAAAUAAAGCAACGGGAGUUUUGUAUAGACGAGCAGGACUUACCUAUAAAGCGACGGCUACGAAAGAAGUAAUUUUAAGUGCUGGAGCAGUGAAUUCCCCGCAACUUUUGAUUUUGAGUGGAAUUGGACCUCAAGAGACUUUGACUAAAUUUAACAUUCCUCCGGUAAAAUAUUUGCCAGUAGGUCAAAAUUUGCAAGAUCAUCCUUAUUUAAUAGCACCUACGUAUAUUUUGAACACUACCGGAAAUUCUUUCUCUCUCAGAGAUGUCACUUUGUUCAACGCUUUAUUGCAAGUUUUCAAUCAGCCGAAUCCCUUGCAUGUUCCUCACAACCUUGAAGGCUUAGUUUUCGAUAAAAAAGAAGAUUCUCCAUUACCUGAAGGUGUUCCUGAUGUUGAAGUCAUGAUUUCAACUGGAGAUAUUACCAAAGCUGGAACUUUUAUACGAGAUGCUUUAUGCUUUGAACGUAAUUUUUAUGAUAAAGCAUUUGCGGGAUUGGUGGAUACGGAAAAUGAUACAAUUAAUUUCCUUCCAACGUUACUCCAUCCAAAAACACGAGGAAACCUAACGAUUCGCGACAAAGAUCCAAUGUCGAAACCCCUCAUACAUAAUUCCAUGUUCAAAGAUCCGUACGAUAGACAAGGGAUGAUUUUCGGCAUUCGAAGGGCACAAAGAAUAGUCGAGUCAGAUACUUUUGCUAAAUAUAAUCCGCAACUUUAUCGACAUGACAUCCCGGAAUGUAAUGCUUUUGAGUUCAACAGUGACGAAUAUUGGAAUUGCAUCAUGGAUUACUUGGCAACUUCUCUGUAUCAUGAUUCGGGAACUUGUCGCAUGGGCCUUAAAGAUGAUGAAAGAACUGUCGUUACGCCAGAUUUGAAGGUUAAAGGUGUUCAAAAGUUGAGAGUUGUUGAUGCUUCGGUCAUUCCGGAAAUUAUUUCAGGACAUACGGGAUCGCCAACUAUGAUGAUCGCUGAAAAGGCUGCUGAUCUCAUCAAGUUGGAGCAUGGAAUAUAA